CGUCGACGUUUUUUUUUCCUGUCUUCGUUUUUUUUUUUUUUUUAUUCGAGACUUUUUUUUUCUCUUUUUUUAUUUUCUCUCAGCGAGAUGAGCAGGGAGUGAGGAAUGGAGGCGUAGGGAGAGCACGGAUGUUUGUGUUUACUAAGCGGCGGGCUAGUUAAGCAUAUUGAAUAUACAGGCCUCCUUGUAGCUAGAGCAAGCCAGCGAACAAAAGGAGAAAAUUAAUGGAGAAAUAAUGGACGAUUCCCAUUUCAACUCAUCAUACUUUUGGUCUCCCGUCCCCACUGUACAAGGACAGAUUGAGAACGCCAUGUUCCUGAACAAGGCGAAGGAGCAACUAGGUCCAGAGAAGGCCAGUGCGCCCUCCUUUCCUCACUCUUCUGCGUCUUCCACUUCCUCCCCCCACUACCCCACGGCUGUACUCGCCAUCCCCAGCUCAGUGGAUGGAGCGGCUGGGGUACGUGUGGUCCCUAAACAGGAAGGAGGCGGAGGUAAUGCAGGAGGGGGUGGUGGUGGAAACAGCAAUAGCGGACCCCUGAGUGCAGUGGGGGCACACCUGCACCAGUCGCACACCUCCCAGAACGUCACCGUUGUGCCUGUUCCCUCCACGGGUAUCAUGACUGCAGCGGGGUUAGUGAUCACCACCCCACAGGGCACACUGGUCCCCACCGCCUCCACGCAGUCUUUUGUAGCUGGACACCCCACUGCCACCACCAUGAUAGUGUCUGCAGUGCACCCCUCAAAUUCAGAUAAGAAGGAGGACAUUGCUCCUGCUGUUGUCAUGCCGGCACCAUCAAAACGAGGCAGAAAAAGCAAACAGGUGAUGAGUAGGGUGGCCGGAGUGGGUGGGGUCCUCCCUCCAGGAAGUGAUGCAUUAAUACUGGCACACCUUGCUGCUGGUGGACAGCACCACGCUGGCGACCCAUAUGAUCUGUCAAAUGAUGAGGAUGAUCACAUUAACAAAGACGGACCCAAAUCUUACAGGUGUCGGAUGUGCGCAGUGACGUUCUUCAGCAAGUCAGACAUGCAGAUCCACGCCAAGUCCCACACCGAGGCCAAGCCCCACAAGUGCCCCCACUGCUCCAAGUCGUUUGCCAACUCCAGCUACCUGUCCCAGCACAUUCGUAUCCACAGCGGGGCCAAGCCCUACACCUGCACUUACUGCCAGAAAACUUUCAGGCAGCUCAGUCACCUACAGCAGCACACACGAAACCACACUGAGGCCAAGCCCCACAAGUGUCCCCACUGCUCCAAGUCGUUUGCCAACUCCAGCUACCUGUCCCAGCACAUCCGCAUCCACACCGGGGCCAAGCCCUACACCUGCUCCUACUGCCAGAAAACAUUCAGGCAGCUCAGUCACCUACAGCAGCACACACGGAUUCACACCGGUGACCGGCCGUACAAGUGUAAUCAUCCUGGCUGUGAAAAAGCUUUCACUCAGUUGUCCAACCUCCAGUCUCACCGUCGGCAGCAUAACAAAGACAAGCCGUACAAGUGCCACAACUGUAACCGUGGUUACACAGAUGCUGCCAGCCUAGAGGUUCACCUGUCCACACACACCGUGAAACACGCCAAGCUGUUCUCCUGUGGCCUCUGCAACCGAUCCUAUACCUCGGAGACGUAUCUAAUGAAACACAUGAAGAAGCACAACCCCGACCCAUUAACAGUGGCAGCAACAGUAGCUGCUCAGCAGGCCCAGGGCCUGACACCAGGCGGAGGGGGCAGGGGCCGAGGCCGCGGUCGAGGGAGAGGUGCGGGCAGAGCGAGCCAGCUCCAAAACCAGACGAACCCUAACAACAACCAGAACCCAAACCCCGGACCUCCAGGCAGCUACCAGCCACAACAGCAACCCACAGAAUCUGUGGUCCCCUGCCCAUUUGAUCUACACCAGUACAAGACAGUGUCAGCCAGCGAGAUCCAGUACAAACCAGUCACUGUGGCAGAUCUGCCAGUGACCCACAAAGACCUCUGCCUAACCGUCUCCACGUCAGCCAUACAGGUGGAGCACAUGAACUCAUAGGCUGCGUCUUCCUGCUCUGCUCGAGGGAUUAGUCGAGUAAAAAUGGUCCAUAUGUACAAGUAAUUUAACUGUAUUCAGUAUUAGAGCCUUCUUAAAAUCAGGGGGAAAAAAUAGCUGAUUGGGUGAAUUUCUAUAAUUCAGAUCUUCUAUUUUAUUGACACAUCACUGAAUUUGAAAGUGUAAAAACACUAGUGUAUUCAGUUAAGACUUCUGUAGCUUUCAGUGAGAUUAUUUUUUAAAAGCGGUUAGUCGGGUAAUGCAAUACAAUCAUGGAUAGAAGUAAAUUUGAAUUCACCCACUUAAGAAGCUUUGAUGCUGAGUACAACCAUAAAUUACUUACACAGAUAUUUUACAGUGUGCUUCUUGAUUCCUGAGCCCACUUGCCAUGUAUCUCUCAGUAGAAAUGCUGGUCUAGGAACCUGACGUAAGGGUUCAGGCUGGAGCCACAUUCCUCCAUUUUAUGUCAAUUUUUCUAAAAAAAUAUAUAUAUCUGCUAAACAGUUUUGGCUUUUAAAAUCCAUGCAUCUCCAAAGCAUUUUAGGUCUCACUUCACUUUUAAUCACCUACAAAUUUGUGGACCAGAAACUUUCCCUUUGUUGAAGAAAUUUGACUCACUGAUCCUAAACCAGCAGUGCUGCUCUGAGGGAUCUUUGGAGGAUAAAGGUGUAAAAUAUCUGUAAAAUGAAAAAAAAAAAAAAAAGUUUCACUAUUCUUUGGGCAGUUACGGUCCAAAGAAUAGUGUAAAUGUUGAAGACAUUCAGAUCACAUUAAUCUGAACAUUCAUCACUUAUUAGUUCAAGCCAAAACAAAGAAAGAAGGAGUGAAUGAUGGGAGACUGUAGAGAUUCAUAAGAGCAUCUGAAGCAGCGAUGCAAAAAUAUUUAAACAGCAUCUGAAAGGCACAGUCGGGUGUCGCAGACUACAUCAGAAACACUGAAUUGGAGCUACAAAGGAAGGAGCAGCAGGAAGAAAAAUGAAGCGUGCGUUUGGGAAGUCUCGCUAAAGCCUGCAGCCGAAUCUCAAAAGUGUACAUUUCACAGAUCAUGAUGUCCUUAUUUACACCCACCUCCCCUCAAAGGAGCGAGGAAACAUUUCCCAAAGUAUUAAAUAAGCGCGAUCGGUCGGAGAAUGCACUAAAUGUGAGGAGUCCACAGCAGGAACCCCGACAGAAAAGAGAAAAACGGGGGUGGGAGGGGUCAUAACGAAAGCACUUGAUGAAACUUACUUCACGCCUAUGUUUUUCAUCCUUUACCUUUUUUUUAUAUAUCAUAUGUAUGUAUUUUUCUACCAACAGAGAAACGUGUGAUCAAACAGGAAGCAAAGUGAGCGCAUGAAUGUGAUGGAACAGAGAGAAAAGUCCUAACAGAACGUCUUGUCCCCUUUUCUUCUUUUUUUGUUGCUAUUCAACGGUUUACUGUCCUCCAAUGAGUUAAGGCAGCCCAGUUUGUUAUUGUCAGGAUGGUUGUUGGGAAAAUAAUGAUUGUGUGAUGAAAAUGGCUGACAGGUACUGUUAUUAAUCUUCUUUUUUUUAAAAGAACUUUUCAUACAUAUUAUUACUACUUUCAUUAUAACUGUAUUGCAAAUGUUAUCCACAUUAUUAUCAAUCUGAGGCAUUAUGGUAUUGCAGUAUGCUGUACAUAAAAUACAUAGAAAAGACUUUUUCAUCUGUAAAAGGGAAGUAUGUCUUGUGUAAAGCAUCUAUGAAAACUAAAGGAACUCAAAUUAACAUGUACCAAAUCACUGGCAGUGUCCCAGGUCAACUUUAAAGCUGACGGGCUGUGAGACCGUCACGCUCAGCAAAGUGAGGAGAUGACGGGAGAAUAAUUGUUUCUUUUAUCACAACCACAGCCACCAUCUACACACUGUGAAACUGAUCUUAAUUAGGACGUAACCAGAAAUGAGUCAACUAAACCUCAUGUGUGAUUAUUAGGCAAAAAAUUGGGAUGUACUAAUGCAGAUUUUUUCUUCUUCUAUCUAUUGUUAUUUGUUCCCUUUCAAUGUCAGUGAACUCUAAAGCUCUGCCUUUUAAAUCAUAUAAAUACUUUUCUAAAGUCUGUCCUCAUAACUUAAUCCCAAUGGCAGUCAACGGCGCAGAUAUGGUACCAAUAUCAGUGCAUUGCAAGUAGAAAAUUAGCAGGGACUUUAAUUACAGUCAUUUAAAAUACUUUUGGGCAUGUAAGAGAAGCACUUUCGUAAAACUAUCUCUAAUUCCAAAUUAGUGCUUGUGUUAUAUAGGUUAACUGUAGGGCAGGACUUGAAUAUUGUUCCCUGGACUAAUGGAAAAUGGGGCAACAGUGGGGAUGAAUUUAUACAGAUUUUUAAAGUAACAAGUUGUUUUGUACUAAGGAAAUGAAAAUAUCUUAAUUAUCAAUGAGCUAAAAUGUCAUUCUCAAGUCUCCUAAAUUAUUCCCAUUCACAAUUGUUCAGUCACAUAAUUGUAACACAACAGAUAAUUAGACAAAUCUCAUAUUUAUCAGUAUCCCAAUGACAUUGAUGGUGAAUAUCUACCAAUAAUGGUGCAUCCCUAAUACAUUAUAAACAGGGACCACUGAGGCUUCCCAGAGGUGCAGUUUGGCUAAAAUAUCUCUAAUUCCACAUCUGUACAGAUGUUGUUGUUGUGUUAAGUUUACUGUUGGGGAUUGAUUCCUGAACUUAUGGGAAAAAAAACUGGUCUCAAUUACUCAGAGAACCAUGUUAAUACUGUAACCAUAUGAUAUUUAAAACUAAUGUAUCCAUGAUACAUCUGCAAAUAAUUAAAGCAUGAUUAAGAGAAGCUGUGACCUUGGUGACCUGGGACACCGCACACGCCGUCUCUACCCAAUCAGAAAUGUUCAGGAUGCCCGUACAGACGGCUGAUUGUCUCCAUGUAUACUCCUCCUUGUAUUUCAUUGUGUCUUUUUAUGAGAAAUAACCCAUUCUCGAUAUUCUUGUUAAUGUUAUUACCAAUGCUCCUGAUAAUACAGUUAACUGCCCUCUUAUGCUACACUCUUGCAUACUGUAUGCACAGUUACACCUCUUGCUCAUCUGAACAGACUGUUUCUUCCCUUAUGGAGAAUAAAGUUCAAAACCUGUUUAUGAUGAAAGCA